GAGUCUAACACAACACUUUUAGAGGCAUGUUUUGUGGUGGUCAGACAAUAUUACUUCAGGAGAUAUUAAUUCAGCUAUAUGUUUGUUUAUUUUUCCUUGUUCCCACCCCCUCACCUCCAUGUAGCUAAGAUAACCAAAAAGGAUACUCUAUACGCCAAUGAAAAGGAGAAAUCUAUCCGCUUAAUUAAUCAUUAUUGUCUUUGUAAAGACACGAGGUAUUAUUGGAUUUCUUGUGAUCCCAUGUGGUGGAAUGGUACAGGCUUCUAUUUUCCAUGGCAGAGUGUGGAGGGUUCGAUUACCGGCCAAAGUUGUGUCAGGAGAAGGACAUCCGGUGUACAAAGUGCACUGAAUCCCUCAAUCCUCAAAAAAUGGGAAUGCCCGAGAAGAUCUAAGAAGGAGUAUUGUAUUCAUGCAAGGUCAUCAAUUCAAACGGUGGUGGAGCGUCACUACAAGCUGUGUGUGGGAGCUAGGCUAACGAGCUCAGCAAAUUUAGCGCCAUUGGAAGCGGAAAGAGGAACUCGCAUGGCUGCCGUUUUUGUGACCCCAAGAUGCAAGAACCAGGAGAGCGAAGAGAAGGGUUCUCUUCCAUUUGGAUUAUCGCAAAGACCUAAGCCACCUGCACGACCUGCCUGCAGUUUCCCUCAUGAAACUGCAGGCAAUGAAGAACACAAGGCGCUAUUCACAGAGCUAACACCCAAGGGGAAAGAGGGAAAAAUAAAUAAAACAUAAAACAUACCGAUGCCAUUUUUCUUAAGAAUUUUUUUUAAUGAAACACAAAAAAAAACAAUAAAAUUAAGAUAAAUAUUUGUCAUUUUGUACAAUUGGAAAUAUUCAUGAAAUACUUCCAUAAUAAGAAAUAAUAUAUUUAGUAGGCCAUCUCAACCAUACAAAGCAGGGUCCAGUGGGAGGAAAACUAUGUCCAAAUGGGAUGAUCAGAAGUGAAUCCAGUGUUUUCUUGUUUUAAAGUUUUUUGUUUUGUAUAUAUUUUUUUAAGUUUCACAUUUUAAAAAGUGUUUGUCAUCAACAUAGUUGUCAAAAGUCAAAGCCCUACAAAGAAAAAGGCAUGUGUGUUCUUCCCCCUGUACAUCCUAGACAAAUCACAGGCUUGCAUAAACCAUAAGAAAACAAACAAAUGUAUAACACACACACACACACACACGCACGCACACACACGAGCGCACGCAGACAUUUUUGGCAAAGUAGGAAUAAAAGUGACGAGAAGCAUUUUAUGAUUUGAUCUCUUUCUGUCUCUCAACAUCGUCCCAUUGAUUGGCGCUGAUUGUCCUUCACAGUCACAUGAUGCCAUUCUGGUUGCCAUAGAAACCUCAAGUGCAUCAGCUGGGCAGUGUGCAGACAAUGUCGCUGCGACGUCUCUGGGAGGGCUGUCAUAGCAACACUGGAUGAACAUGAAACAUCUGUGAUUGCAGGGGUCCCGGAUUCAGAUUUGAUUGAUUCGAAUCAUAAACUGACAAAAGUGUAAACUCACAGGUGCUUUGGUAUCGUUCUUUUAGAUGCCAGAUAAAUAUUUACAUUUGAGAGGACGAGGGGGGGGAAAAGCAGAAACUUGGUUUCUUUUGCAGUCAGCUUCUUCCAGGAAAUAAUUCAGAAAGCUUUCGAGCCCCCCAGUAGUAGGCCGAGCUACCACGUCACCUGGUCUGUGAUCGUGUUCAGUGCAUUCCAACAGCCUUUAACAUCUAAAUAAAAAUGCUCCGCAGACAAAAAAUAAAAGACAAGGACAAAUAUCUAUGUAUAGUAUUUACAUUAUUGUACACGUGAUGCUACUUAAAGCCCGUACACACUCUCCCAUGCACACACUCACUCCCAAAAAAAGCAAAGCGACUACCUGUACAAGUGUCUUCGCACCUGACUGGUACGAGAGAGGUAUUGAUGUGUAUGGCUUGACAGAAGGUGUGUGUUCAAAGACAUAGCAAUGGCACACACGCAGUCCAAAUGUGUGGAGUUAUUUUUGUUUUUUUGGUCCAGUUGGGAUCUCUUCGUCGUCAAACUAGCAGUAUAAGACCUUCCAAGUAUGCUUUACAGGGACUCCUUCCCAUCUAGUCUUCCAGCGAUGGAACUCCAAAGUGCUUCCUUUAGUUCCUGUUGGCUUGUUGUUGGCUCUUGAGUUUCCAGGACGACCUCCUUAAACAGGUGCCAGAA